GUAUAACAAACAUGGUUCCAGUAAUUAUGUUCUGACUUGGUUUCUUAAGAACGGCUAAUCAAAUCCAUCUGUAGUUGCUAUUGAGCAUUGAAUGAAUUUCUGACGCCAUGCCAAAGCACAAGUUAGAAGAAUGUUCUGCCACUGAUACAAGUGAUGCAUAUGCGGAGGAAUGUGGCCUAGACAGCUUUCCUAGCAGCAGUGAUGUUGACAGAGAUGAUACAAGUAACAGUAGCAUUAAAUCGGAAGUCAGUUCUGAAGUUCCUACAACCAGCACAAGUCAGGCUGCUGAAGAAACAUCUGAUGGAGAUGAGCCUCCCAAAAAGAAACCAAAGAAGAAAUCUGUUUGUUUUGCUAAUGUUACAGUUUAUUACUUUCCUCGAACUCAAGGAUUUACAUGUGUGCCUAGUCAAGGCGGCUCCACUCUUGGAAUGGAUCAGAAGCACAGCCAAAUGAAAAUGUUUUCCAUUCUUGAACAUGCAGAAGAGCAAAAGAGAGUUCACAAGGAGUUAAUAAAUCAUCAACGUCGUUUAGCAAAGUAUCAGUCAUCAACAUCUGAUUCGGAUGACAGCGAAGAUAUAAGUGACGUUUCGGAUUCAGAACUAGAAGCAGAUAGUUGCUAUUUCCUUCAGCCAGUUCCUAUACGGCAAAGAAGAGCUCUGUUACGCGCAUCGGGUGUGCAGAAAAUAGAUUCUCUGGAAAAAGAGGAAUGUCGAGACAUAAGGUCGUCACGUGAGUUCUGUGGUUGUGAAUGCAAGAUAUACUGUGAUCCAGAUUCUUGUACUUGUAGUCAGGCUGACAUUAAAUGUCAGGUUGAUCGUUUCUCUUUUCCUUGCGGCUGUAGUCGGGAUGGUUGUGGGAACAAUGCAGGACGCAUCGAGUUUAACCCACUUAGAGUACGUACUCAUUUCAUUCAUACUUUAAUGAGACUCGAGUUGGAGAAGAAACAGGAACAGCAGUUGGCUGUUAAAUCCGAGUCUAGCAAUUUUUCCAUUUCAUCUCUUUCAUCAUGCGAUACAUGUAGUUCACUUUCGCCAACAUCUACAGCAUUUACCUCAUGUGUUCCAUCUCCGUCGUAUUUAACAAUGAAUUCUACCUCUGCCGUUGAAACUAAUAGUUGUAUUGUUAGUAAUCCUCUCAAGGAACAAGUUUCUGCAUUUAUGGCUAUCAGCGAGUCUGAGAAAAAGACUCCUGAAAUAUACUCAUCACCUUUUAGCCCCCAAGAAAGUUCUUACUCUGAAAAUUCCGACUAUUCGAGCGAUGACGUUGAUUCGGAUGUCGAAACUUCAUCCAGUAAUUCGCCUCUUCAGCGAUCACUUCAGCCAUCUUUAACUGAUAGUGUUACUCAAACUAAUGAUGACGCAUCUAAAUUUUUAAGCCAUUUUAACAAACCUGGUACGACUAACAGUGACUUGACUAUGCGGUGUUAUUAUUCCGGGGAUAGUAAUUUUUCACCAUUGGUACAACAAGAUAAUCAUUUUUGUAAUCGUAGUUCUGGAGCACAAUUUUCUAACGGACAUUCAUUGAAUUCUUUAGAUCAGACUGAUUUUCGUGAUUCCCUUCCUAGGCAAGAUGGUUUUGCAGAGCAGCAUGUGCAUUCUAAUUUGAAAGAACAGGCACAUGAUUAUGACCGCCAAUCAGUUGAAAAUAAACCUGUAGACGUUGUUAACGAAGAAGAACAUUCUUAUACUGACUUAAGUUCCGUUAUACCUGGGACCAAAAUGGAGCUUUUCAAUGGACUUCUCAGUUCUAAAGUUCAGGAUGUUACUGCCAUAAAGCCUGUCAACUUGGAAUCUGAAAAGGUUUUUAAUAACCUUAAUGGUUUAGAAACAUGUCCGCUUACUUUAGGAAGAGACGCUCAAAAAUGCUGUAUUUCUAAUCGCAUUGAAAAUGAAAGAAGUGAUGAACCAGGUGAAAAUCUAGGAGAAAUUAUAAAGAAAACAAUUGUUGAGACUGUUUCUGCAUGAUGGUAAAUCGUAUUAGCUCCUUGAACUCUUAUAAAACAAAAUGUAUUAAUUUAUUUUUUGACUUGUUAUUUUUAUUUUUUUUAUUUAAAUUAAAGGAGCACACAAUUUAUACAUAUACAUAUUUAAGAUUUAACACCAAUAGCAAAACAUUUAUGGUUCAAAACAUAAGUUAUUUUAAAAGAUAAAUAAAAAAAAAAAAAAAACUAUGCAUACUGUUAGUUACCUCUUACAAAUGUUAGCAAAAUGGGUUGGGGGUUUACAAGGGCCCCUGUUUAGUGAAUUAUAGCUUAACAUUUUGAGCUGUUAAACUGAAGUAAAAAAAUUAAAUAAAUAAUGAGAACAAUUAGAAAUCAUUCUGCUUCAAGUUAAAUUCUAAAUUCAGAGAGAUGUAUGCCUACAUCAUACUACUAUAAAAAUAGCAGGGUUGGGUUUUUCGCCGGCAAAAAGGUAU